AUGGAAGCAGUGUGGCAAGACUGUGUGUGCAGCUGUCAGUCUAAACAAGAUCGAGGAGGUCUACCUCCCGUUUGCGCUGAAGGAUGGAGAGGUCCUUUCUGUGAUGUUCCCGACUGCAGUCCAUGGCCUUACUGCUCUGACAAUGGCAACUGUACAAUACCACAAAGGGAUCAAGCCGAUCAACAUCCAUACUGUGUGUGUGAGCCUCAGUGGAUUGGCAGAGGAUGUCAAAUUGCAAGACCGAGAAGAAUAGCAGGAGAUCCACAUUUGGAAACUCUUGAUGGUUUCAGCUACGACUAUUUUGAUAUCGGAGAGUUUUGGUAUUGCAAAAGUCGUGACAAUGACUUUGGAGUUGCAACACGAUUUUUCAAGUAUCAACGAGUGUCACUCAUUGGGGCUGUAGCAAUCAAGGUGGAAAGUAAUAUUGUAACAAUUACAACUCCAUACAAUCCUUCUCCAAAUGAUCUCCCUUUUGUGAGAAUUAAUGGUGUUGUCGUGGCUCCACUAAAAGAAGAUAAACUGAGUUUAGCUAAUGGCAGAGUGCAUAUGGAAGUCACUAUUUAUCAUAAUGAUUCCUCAUCAGCAAAUGAAGAAGACAGCGGCACCAUUAGAGCUCUCGUUGCUUUCCAGUGGUAUAAUGAUGUCUACUUGUCUGUUGAAGUUCGCUACAGUCCUGGCAUGAAAAGACAAUUCAUCAAUAUUCUCUUCUCUCCAGUUGCCACAUUCAAAGGCAAAACAGAUGGUCUGUGUGGCUACAUGGACGGAGAUUUGAAUAAUGAUCUGUUGGGAUCAGAUGGAAUCACUUAUUCACUACAGGAUAACGUGACAUUUGCAAAGACAUGGAGAAUCACGCAAACGUUUAGUGGCUCUGGUUUGAAUGGCACAUGGUCUUGGUCUCACUCCAACUUUCACAAAGACGAUGUGAUGGAUAUCUCCUACAACGAUCCUACAUUUGUACCACUAUACAGCAUUGCAGACUUGCAACCAUCUCUCAGACAAGUAUGA